AUGCAAGAUGUGACCACACCGCUUCUCCCGAUCAAAGCUGAGGAGGACGCAGUUCAUGAGUUUGACGGAGCUUCUUUCUCUGGUGCGGUCUUCAAUCUGUCAACGACCAUUGUAGGGGCCGGAAUCAUGGCUCUGCCUGCGAGCAUCAAGAUGCUAGGCCUUAUCCCUGGUAUUCUAAUGAUCAUCCUUGUGGCGUUGCUCACCGAGGCAUCCAUUGACAUGCUGGUCAGGUGCAGCCACCAGGGCAAGAUUACAUCCUACGGGUGGUUGAUGGGUGACACUUUUGGUCAGUGGGGGAGAAUUGCGCUACAAGCAUCCGUGGUGAUAAACAAUGUCGGCGUGUUGAUUGUAUACAUGAUUAUUAUUGUUAUAACUUCCAUAACUUCCAAGAAGGGCUUACCGCCUAGUGCCCGGUUCGAGUCGAGGUCUCUUAUCGCCUAUGACCGGGAAGGUCCCACCCUUCCUCAGACCCACGAGAGCGGGUCUCCUCUAGCAUUUUUAUAA